AUGUCAACAGCAGAACAAUUCCAGCCUUUGCACCAAAAGAAACAGCAAGAAACACAGUUUUCGAGUAGCGUAGGGGCCAGCAGCUUGCACAAGUCGAUGUUCAAGAAACCAUCACCUCAUCAAAUUUCGGAGCUUAAGAACAAGUUCGCUUCUCCUACAGACGAAAUGCUCUCGCCAUGUUCGCAGAAGUUGAACGAUCACAGAUCAAAGUUGUUCCAAGUUAAGAGCAAUCCUACAAAGUUGAAUUUCCAGUCGAAACAACUAGAGGAAGAGUUUUGA